AUGGGUUGUGUGGGUUCCAAGCCUGAUGAUUCGCCGACGGUGGCCUUGUGUCGGAAAGGAUGUCAGUUUUUUGAUGAUGCAAUUCACCAAUGUUAUGCUCUCAUUGAAGCCCAUUUAGCUUACUUUAGUUCCCUAAAAUUCGUAGUUGAUUCGCUCCACCAUUUUUUUGAUUUGAAGUACACCUCCGCAUGCGGUGGCGAUGGUCAUUCAUCUCUGGUGUUAACCUUUCCUGAUCAAAGGAAGGGAGAUUCUUUUGGACUCCCAGCUCCGACUGUUACCUUAGCUCGGGUGGUUACACAAUGUCAUUUUCAUUUGAAUUUCGGUUCAUCUCAUCUUUAUUUCCAUACCGAUUUAGAUGAUGAUUCCAACAACGAAGAUGAACCUCUCCAUUUACACUCCGAGAAUGGUGGUUCGUUGCCUCUACAUCAACAAUGGUAUGACAAUUUGAGUUACAUCGAUCAACAUGAAUACAUAGAGUUUUCUUAUCUUCCAACUGCUUAUCCUUAUUAUGGGUCUACUCAGAUAGAUCUAUCUGUGUUCUUGAUAUGGUUUUCGUUACAACCUCAUUGUUUCAAACAUAUAAAGUGA